UUUCUGCAGCCAAAACCAGAAAACGCAGUGACCGUUGCCGUCUCUUCUCGAGUCUUGUUUCGGACCGAGCGGGAGCAGAAGGUGUUUGAGCAGGACGGCGUAGAGGAGUAUCUGAGGUUCCAAAUCGCACAUGAGAACGAGCCCUUCACCCCUGGACCUGCUUUCCCCUUCGUCAAGGCUCUGGAGGCGGUGAACUGUCGUCUUCGGGAGCUGUACCCACAAAGUGAAGAACUGUUCGAUAUUGUUUUGGUGACGUACAACCAUGCCCACGUUGGAAUCCGGCUCAUCAACACCAUCAACCAUCACAACUUGUUUAUCGAGAGGUUUUGUAUGACGGGGGGAAGUAGUCCCAUCGGCUACCUGAAGGCCUGGCAAACCAACCUCUACCUGUCUGCAGAUGCCGACAAGGUCAGGGAGGCGCUGUCUGAAGGCAUCGCAGCAGCCACCAUGUUCACGUCGGAGAAGGUCACAGAGGUGUCAGAGUCCCAGCUCAGGGUGGCAUUCGAUGGUGACGCCGUCCUCUUUUCCGAUGAGUCCGAACGCAUCUUCAAGGCUCACGGGCUGGACAAGUUCUUCGAGCAUGAGAGGGACAACGAGGACACGCUGCUGGAUCAUGGUCCCCUUAAAGGCUUCCUGGAAGCACUUGGGAAGCUCCAGAAAAAGUUUUACGCUAAAGGCCAGCGCCUGGACUGUCCCAUCCGAACGUACUUGGUCACAGCACGUAGCGCCGCCAGUUCUGGGAUCCGGGCGCUAAAGACCCUCAGGGCCUGGGGGUUGGAGAUCGACGAGGCCUUGUUCCUGGCAGGAGCACCGAAGGGCCCCAUGCUGGAGAAGAUCAGGCCUCACAUCUACUUUGACGAUCAGAUGUUUCACGUGGAGGGAGCUGCUGAGAUGGGCACGGUCGCUGCACAUGUUCCCUACGGCAUUGCACAGAAACAUAACGCCAAACAGAACAUCAGUGUGAGGAAAUAGACGGCAGGGCUUCACCGUCAUCCAAUCAGAAAAACAGAACAAGAGAAUGAAGAAAUGUCUUAUUGAAGGAUGAAAGUGAAGAUGAGGAUUUCCAGAGAGUUUGGAAAGAUUCACUUGUUUGUGGAAAUGCAUCAUUUCCAUAAAGUAGCCAUUGUAUUGUAAAUUUGGUUAAUCAAAAUGUAAACUGUCUCAGCUAAAUGCUAUCACAUUAGGAGUUAAAUACAGGUUGUAUGCUUUAAAUAAUAUCAGUCAUUUAAUAGACCAUUAUCAGUUGUAAUUGAUUUGAAGUGGUAUGGCCCAACUCUACCUGUUAGUUGGCUCUGUAGGCUGUUAUAAUAUACUGGUAAGCUGGAUCACUGCAGGUAGAUUUUAACUGUUGGACGGAGACCUCUAGUGGCCAUAAUCAUUUUGACUGAAGCAAGAAAGGAAGUCAAAUAUUAAGUAGGAUAAGCAAAAACGUAUGUGUCACUUACGUCGCAUACGUAACUUAUGCAAACACAAGUAAUACAAAUAACUAAUUUAAAGAAAACAUAAACAUUUCCUUAACCUAACAAGGAGGUUUGUUUCAAUUCUCAACUUUAACAACACGUUUAAAACUGCAAAUGUAUCACGUUCAGACAAGAUGGUGCAGUUUGCCCUGCCUGAAUGUUAUAACAGUAGUGAUAAUAACUGAUAACAGCUAUUUAAUAGGCUGAUAGUAUUUAAAUAUGUUGACAGGUCAAGUAGAGGUCUUGAUCCAGAGUUGCUUAGCGUUCCUAAGCUUUACAUUUCAAGCCUCAAUCUACCCAAAAUUGAAGUGUUUUGUCAAAUCUUGCUUUAUGGUACAUUUGAAGGUGCUUUCAAAUGCUAUGUUGACCUGCUAUUUUCUGUCAUAUUCUUUAUAAAGAAGGUUCCUCAGUGAAUACAGAAGGAAUGGUUUCAUAUUUACAUAACAUUUAGAUUACAGUGUAUGUUGGCAAUACAUGAACCAAAAGCACAGAUAUUACAUUACAUUGCAUUUUAGAUAUUUUAAUGUACAGAUGAUAGUGAUGUACUGUAGCACAAGAGUCAUAAUAUAAAGUUACUGGGUUUUUCUUCACAAGAAUGUACAAUUGUCUGUUUGUAUAUUACGGAAGGAAUCAAUAUUAUCUAUGUCGUGUUAGUCCAAAAUAUAGAAAGCCAUACGUUUCAGUUGAUGCCUUAGUUUCAAGGAACACACUAUUUUCAGUGGUAAGCUAAUACUUUUUCGAGAAAAUUCUCAACAACUGUUACAUGGUUUGCAAUAACAUGGAAGUACAAGCAUUGAGGAUCCGAAUACAAUGAAAUCUAACGGAUUUAGUGGUGAUUCCCUACAUUUUCAUGCUUUUUAAUUGGUCACAAAAGUGUCAGUUCAUGCUAAAACACCUUUAAGCUAAUGGCUAAUUCCCCAUAGCAUCCCUCAGUUGUACAUAAUACCAUCAGCAUGCUAACGUUUCUCUUCUAAGCAUGUUAAAAGUAUUUAAUUACAGAAGACAUUGUAGUAUUGUAUUACACAGUCUAUACAUUUAGACAGCCAUACGUUUCAGAGGGUGCCUUCAAACUGACACACCAGCCUCUGAAUUCCCUUUAACUGCAGUUGUGCACUAUUCGCAUGCUACAGUUGACUAUGCUAGCAUGCUAAUGUUAAUGGUUUUGAAGCUGAUCUUAGCCUAGUAACACUUGAGGAUGACUAAGCCCAUUGUACACGGAUUAAGGUUGACUGAAAUAUGACAGUUCUGGUAUUAAAUAUUAAAUUAAAUAUACCUAAUAUCUCUGCUUGAUAUGUAGUAUUCAGGCUUUGCUCACUGAGGGGCAGGGCAAAUGUUGCUUUACAUAUUUCUCCACUAGAGGUCAAAAGAAGAGUAAGAAAGAGUUAAAUUUGUCCUUUAAUUUAGUGUAUAAGGAUAACAGGAUGUGUAGAGGAAGAUAGAUCUGUGUUUACUCACCAUCUGAAGUAUCACCAAUAACAUGUUUCAAAAGCAGCCAUCUUGAUUUGACUGCCCUCUCCUGUACAGGCUUUGCCACUGCUAAGGUGGCAUUGAUUGAUGUUGUUAAAUUCAACUUGUUUAACUUAUCUGACGAUCAAUAACCAACUUGUAAUCAUAAGCUUGUUUUAUUUACAGCUUUAAUUUUAAUUCUUGAUUGACAAACAAUAAUGUGUCUUUUAUUGACAAAAUGGCAGCAGUGACCUUUUGGAAAUGUCAAUCCACUUCAGUGCUGGCAAUUCCUGAAAAAAAUAAUUGUAUAUAUUUAGAAAUGAUUAGCUACACAUCUUGAGCUUUAUGAGUAACUCAAAGCUUGGGAAAGUUACAAGCAACACAACACUUUUAUUCCACAAGCAGAUCGUGUAAAUCAUGUGUCUUUUGGCAGAUGAAGAAUGGCUGGGUUUUGAAGGUUGAAGAUUCAGAAAGAUCAGUGAGACAGUUUAGACUUUACUGUGACUCUAAGGUGUAUAGAUAAAUGCAGAUUAAGACAUGUUUGAACUUUCAACAACAUGCAGCUUUGUUGACAUUUGUGAAAAAACGUCAUUGCAAUAAGAAAAUGUAUGAACACUAAUAAAGAUGUCAGUUCAAGUUA